UAACAUCAACCACAAAGGGUGCAAAAAGAGAACGGAAACUUCCUGUUUGGCUCGUGAUGUGAUCUUCUGUUACGCCAAAGGUUGAAUUUACCAUACAAGAACGACAUACUUGCAAAACAGUCUCAAAACGAAAGGUAGCGGCGCUGUCGUUUUCAACACCAUUUCUAUUGUGUGAAGACUUCGACUACAACAGAUGGAGAUUUUUAGGGCAUCUGUGACCCUCUUAAGUCUUUGUCUCUUCCAUAGUUGCCAAUCUGAAACAGAGAGCAUGUGUAAAGGUAAUCUGCCAUCAUUUCAACAUGUGGCAUUGAACAGCAGUGUUACUGUAGCCUGCCCCGUACUCACUGCACCAGAAAUGGUCUACAGAUUAUAUAAAGGCUCAGAAGAGAUCUUCUUUAUCAGUGUUAAUAAUACAUCCAUCAGCAAAAGUAACAACAUCCCAAGGAUGGAUUUCACAGUUAAUGUUGCGGAUAACAGUACCAGCUUUAUCCUGGAUGCUGUAACAAAAAAUACUACAGCCCUGUACACCUGUAAGGCCCAGAGAAUCUUUCCUCCACCAUUUCAGGAGGUGGAGAACAAACCACAAACUAUUGUGUUUGUUGAAGAGAGACCAGUUAAACAGCAAGCCGUCUGUCAAAAUGUCAGUUACCUGUUUUAUUGGGUGUUGCUUGGAGCCAUGGUCAUAUAUGGGCUGGUAAUGACGUGCAUCGUUUUCCUUCUGCGGAUCAAGCUGAGGCAAAUGGAUAUUCCUUUCAAGGACAGAGAAUGCAGACGGAAAUGGCAGGGGGUUCAACAUCCAACCUGGCAGGGCUUUUACAUAGAGUAGAAUGAGACUGUCUGACAACCUUUAAUGAACCCUGCCAAGAACAACCACUAAAGCAUCAAAUCAGCCAUGUUUUAAAAAGGGCACACUGCAUUCUGAGAAAUAUCCAACUACGGUUUAAUUUUUUCACAGUUUCACAUUUUAUAUUUUCAUUUAACCCACUAUUAUAUGUAGCCUAAAUGUAAUUACCUAUUUUUGUUAAGUGUUUUUGUUUUGUUAAAUUUGGAAAAUAAAUAAAACAACAACCUUU